AUGCCUACAGGAAAUGAUUCCAUGAUCACUAAGUUCAUCCUCGCGGGGCUGACAGACCAGCCAGAGCUCCAACUACCACUCCUCCUCCUCUUCCUCGGAAUCUAUGUGGUCACUGCAGUGGGGAACCUGGGCAUGAUCAUCCUCAUAAGCCUCAGUUCUAACCUCCACACCCCCAUGUACUAUUUCCUCAGCAGCUUGUCCUUCAUUGACCUCUGCCAUUCCACGGUCAUCACCCCAAAAAUGCUGGUGAAUUUUGUGGCUGAGAAGAACAUCAUCUCCUAUCCCGAGUGCAUAACUCAGCUCUAUUUCUUCCUUGUCUUUGCUAUCUCAGAGUGUUACAUGCUAGCUGCCAUGGCAUAUGACCGCUAUGUUGCCAUCUGUAGCCCCUUGCUCUAUAAUGUCAUCAUGUCCUACCAGGCAUGUUUCUCCCUGAUACUGGGCGUGUAUACCAUAGGUGUGGUGUGUGCCUUUGUUCAUACAGGCUGCCUGCUGAGAAUUCAUUUCUGUAAAUUUGAUGUGAUCAAUAAUUACUUCUGUGAUCUUAUUUCUCUUCUUAGGCUCUCUUGCUCUAGCACCUAUGUCAAUGAACUACUCAUUCUAAUCUUUAGUGCAAUUAAUAUUCUUGCCCCAAGCCUGACCAUCCUUGCAUCCUAUGUGUUCAUCAUUGCCACCAUCCUCCGCAUUCGCUCCACAGAGGGCAGGUCCAAAGCCUUCAGCACCUGCAGCUCCCACGUGAUGGCAGUUACAAUCUUCUAUGGCUCUGCAGCCUUCAUGUACCUGCAGCCGUCAUCCAAUAGCUCCACUGACCAAGGCAAAGUGUCCUCUGUGUUUUAUACUAUCGUCGUGCCCAUGCUGAACCCCCUAAUCUAUAGCCUAAGGAACAAGGAUGUCAAUGUUGCUCUGAAGAAAAUUAAAGAGAAAAGAAUAGUCUUGUGA